CUAAAAAUUUUCUCCCCUCCUCUUCUUCCUUGUUGUUUUGUGUGAGUUUCUCUCUCCAAUUCCCUUUCUCCCACUUGAUUUUUCUCUCAUAUUUUUUGUUCGUUUUGCUUAAUCACUCAUCCUUUCAAUUUCCAUGUUUUUGCCUCUUGAUUUUGGUGGAGAAAGCAUAAAGAACCAUGGCCUCAUCUUCUUCUCCCUUGCUGUUUGCCUCCAACAAUUGUUACAUGGAGAAGAAGCUGGAAUUCCAGCUAUAUUUUUUUCUUCAAAAAUACCCUUAAUGAGCCCAUGAAAAUUCCUCGGUAUUUCAGUCCGACUGUUUGUCCAUAUUUGGAAGUGCUGUCAUGAUGCGAGUGCUCCCUUCCCUUUCUGAAUCUAGAACUGCAGGAAUUGGGUCAUUUCCUUUAGUGGUUUUAUCCUCUAAAUGACAAUCACUGGUGAUCUCUGGUUGCUAAUCGACUCUUUAGUGGAUGUAAGCAAUGGGAUUCGUGAAGACUCUCUUCUCUUUCGAGCUUUUCUUCCAAUCCAUGCCAGAAGUGGGCCUUUCUACCUUAGCUUUGGCCGGGAGAAAGGUGUCAAUGGGAGAUAAGGCAAGAUUGGCCUAUGAUUUCUAUCAAGAUACAGAUAGAGAAAUAUCGGUUCCUCAUUGAGGUUUAUGCUACUAAUGAUAGGCGUCUUUUCUAUUCAUCAAUGUCAAUCUCAGGGCGAGAUUUUUCAUAUUAUUUUGUUAAUUCUUGAAAGAAGUUCGGUGAUUAUUAUCCGGAGGAGUAGGAGGAUAUCGUGGGUGGUGGUGGUGGUGGUGAUUAAUGGCAGAACAGCAGUGAUAUUGACAUAAGAAGCACUCUAUCUUCACUCCAGGCAAAGAUCCUUCCCCAAUCCUUAUGCUAACGGUGUUGCAUGCUACUAAAUUAUUCUAAUUGUCUAUUAUUCUGAUUAGCAAAUGCCAAAGCUAAUUGUCCAGGUGAUCAUCUGUCUCGUUUAAGGGGUGCAUUUCCAUUAUGUUUGCUCAUAACUGUCCUACUCAGCACCCAGGCUGUGCUCUUGCAGGCAUUUCAUCGAACAUUAUGAGUGGCGUUGCUUCUCUUCCAAAGUUACAUGCAGUUCAAGUUAUCAAUGAGUUCACUCAUGACCCCAGUGCCUUCACUGAGGGUCUUCUUUAUGCUGGAAAUGGUACACUAUAUGAAUCAACUGGCCUAUAUGGAAAUGUUGAGGUUCUCCAGAAGAUGGAUGAUUCUUAUUUUGGUGAAGGCUUAACCCUGUUUGAGCAAAGGCUAUUCCAACUAGUUUAUCUGACGAAAACUGGUUUCAUAUAUGGCAGAAACACUUCAUGCAAAUCAUUGGAAAACAAACUGUCAGAAAUAAUGGACAUGAAGUACACAAUCUCAAUGAACUAGAAUUCGUGAAUGAAGAAGUUUGGGCUAAUGUCUGGCAGGGCAUUUGUAUCUUAAACAAAUGUUAAAGAAUUCACCAAGCAAGCUAGGGAAGACUCUCCUUCCAAAUGCUGCCAAUACCUUUUAUUCUCAAUGUGCAGACAGAUUGCAUUGCAAGAAUCUCAUAGAAAGAUGGUUCUGUGCUUGGAUGGAUUCUCCUUCCAAACUUAAGGGAAGGCUUGAUAGCAGCUGGACAUCAUGUAAGCAUUAUAACAAGGCAUUGAUGUUUUAAAUGGCAUAGCAUGGGAUGGCAAUCACAACCGCCUUUUUG